AAUUGACAGAAAACAAACUCGAUCUUAACUUCUCUAUGACUAUCAAAAUAACACCACUGUACAAGGAAAUAUCUGACAGGAAGGUCAAAGCUAGAGAUGCCAAAUUCAUCAAAGAAUGGCUUGCCCCCGAGUCUAUACUUCCAGACAGUUCGGUCAAGGACGUUACCAAGUGGAUCAAAGAAAGUGGAUGUUUGAACGACUUGGAAUUGGAAAUCACGGAAGCGGACGCUCCUACCAUUAUUGAAAACAUAAAGACAAAGAAAUGGAGGGCGGUUCAAGUAGCUGAAGCAUUUGGCAAGAGAGCUACUCUUGCUCAUCAGUUAACCAACUGUUUGACAGAGAUAUUCUUUGAAGAAGGAUUGCAAACUGCCAAAGAGUUGGACGAAUAUCAAGAUAAGACCGGUAAGACAAAGGGUCCUUUGCAUGGAUUACCAGUCUCUUUAAAGGAUAACAUCAAUGUUAAAGGACAUGCAACCACUAUUGGGAUGGUCAAAUACUGUUUUGAACCUGAGAUCAUGGACACCGAUUCAGUAAUUGUUACUUUGUUAAGAAACUUGGGUGCUGUGUUAUACGUUAAAACAAAUGUUCCAGUGGCCAUGAUGAUGCCAGAAACAACAAACCAUAUUUGGGGCAACACCACUAACCCCAUGAACCGGUUACUUAGUGCUGGUGGUUCAUCAGGAGGUGAAGCUGCUUUGUUGAAACUUAAAGGUUCUCCCAUAGGCAUUGGAUCUGACAUUGGUGGAAGUAUCAGAAUUCCUGCUUCUUUCCAGAAUCUUUAUGCGUUAAGACCUUCUUUUGGUAGAUUUCCCACCUAUGGAGCAAGAUCUGGACUCCCAGGAUUGGAGUCAGUAAACUCAGUUAAUGGUCCAUUGUCCAUAUCUUUAGAGUCUAUGGAAACAUACUGUAAAGCCAUAAUUGGCCAAGAACCUUGGAACCAUGAUGCCAAGGUGAUUCAAAUGCCUUGGAGAACCGUUGAAUUGCCAGAAAAAUUGAACAUCGCUGUGGUGGUUGAUGAUGGAUGGGUCCGUCCUGUUCCACCAGUUAGGAGAGGUAUGAACAUUGUCAUUAACAAGUUGAAAGAAGCUGGCCAUGAAGUUAUUGACUGGGAUCCUGAAGAUCAUCUCCGAGCUUCCCAGAUCAUUAGUGGAUUUUUCUUGAGCGAUGGGGGUGUUCACAUUAAAGAAGUAACUGAGCCUACUGGUGAACCAUUUUUCGAGUAUAUGAAGGGAUAUGAAACGGCUACCGAACUACCUGUUUCUGAAUUGUGGAAACUUCAAGCUGAAAGGACUACCCUAAUGAAGAAGUUUUUAGACAGAUGGAAUGCCACUGCUUCCCAAACAAGUAAUAAUAAACCCAUUGAUGCCAUUAUAAUGCCUGCCACUCCUUUUGCAGGAAGUCCCAACGCCAAAUUCAGAGAUUAUGUGGGAUACACCUCGCCUUUCAAUAUGACUGACUAUGCAGUUGGAAUUUUGCCAGUUACUCGAGCUGUCAAAGAUUUAGACCUAAAGGAUCCUGAAUCCACCAACCACAGUAAGACUGACACCACCAUUUGGGAAGAUUACGAUCCUGAAGAAGUCCACGGUGGAGCAGUUGCAGUGCAAGUUAUCGGUAGAAGAUUUGAAGAGGAAAAGGUGAUUGAGAUGUUGAAGGUGAUUUCCAAGUUGCUCGAUCACUCGGAUAUUUAGAGAAUAAGUAAAUAUAGAAAACCAUGUUUGCA